AUGCACCAGAGUGAUCCCCAAUUUAGGGGGGGGGGGGGGGGGGGGGGGGGGGGGGGGGGGGGGGGGGGGGGGGGGGGGGGGGGGGGGGGGGGGGGGGGGGGGGGGGUGGGGGGGGGGGGGGGGGGGGGGGGGGGGGGGGGGGGGGGGGGGGGGGGGGGGGGGGGGGGGGGGGGGGGGGGGGGGGGGGGGGGGGGGGGGGGGGGGGGGGGGGGGGGGGGGGGGGGGGGGGGGGGGGGGGGGGGGGGGGGGGGGGGGGGGGGGGGGGGGGGGGGGGGGGGGGGGGGGGGGUGGGGGGGGGGGGGGGGGGGGGGGGGGUGGGGGGGGGGGGGGGGGGGGGGGGGGGGGGGGGGGGUGGGGGGGGGGGGGUGGGGGGGGGGGGGGGGGGGGGGGGGGGGGUGGGGGGGGGGGGGGGGGGGGGUGGGGGGGGGGGGGGUGGGGGGGGGGGGUGGGGGGGGGGGGGGGGGGGGGGGGGGGGGGGGGGGGGGGGGGGGGGGUUGGGGGGGGGGGGGGGGGGGGGGGGGGGGGGGGGGGGGGGGGGGGGGGGGGGGGGGGGGGGGGGGGGGGGGGGGGGGGGGGGGGGGGGGGGGUGGGGGGGUGGGGGGGGGGGGUGGGGUGUGGGGUGGUUGUUUGGGGGAUGAGUUUGUUUGUGAUUGGUUAUUAUUAAGAGGUAAGUAG